UUCUACUUUCCGCAUUUGAAAAUUUCCUUGCAAAUCCGCAAUCCUUAGCCGCAUCAAACACCAUUAACAAUGUCGCAAUUCACGUUUCUGUAUCCGUGAAAACUCCCACCUGUAACGCACACACAACACACACUGCUCAUCUUCUUCUUCAACUCAAUCGCACUGUUCUGUUUCCGUUUCUUUUUUUUCUUUUUUCUCUCCAAAGCUUUUGAAUUUCUGUUUCCGCUGAUCCAAGAAAGCCCAAGAUUCGAUUUUUAUUUGUAUCUGGCUAGCGUUGAGGGAAAUUUGUCAUUAUGCUGUCGAGAUCCUGCUUCAAUCUGUUGAAUCUCGACGAUUUCUCGAGUGAUCGCACCCGAAUCCCGAGAGUCAUCUCCGUGCCCGGAAUCAUCUCCGAUUUCGAGGACGCCGGCAAUGCCGAGAUCGCCGAAUCCGACGUCGUUUCGUCCGCCACUCAAGAGAGGCGAAUAGUGGUCUCCAACCAGCUCCCUCUGAAGGCCUACAGAGAUUCGUCAUCGAAGAAAUGGCGCUUCGAUUGGGACGGCGACGCCCUCGUCUCGCAGCUCAUCGACGGGUUCCCGCCCGAAACCGAAGUCGUUUUCGUGGGGUGUUUGGGGGUGGAUGUGGAUCCGGUGGAGCAGGAUGAGGUGGCCCAGUUCUUGCUAGACAAGUUCAAAUGCGUGCCCACUUUCUUGAGCUCGGAUUUGAUCAACAAAUUCUACCAUGGUUUCUGCAAGCACUAUCUCUGGCCCUUGUUCCAUUACAUGCUGCCUAUGACGCUCAAUCACGGGGUGAGGUUUGAUAAGGACACGUGGCAGGCGUAUGUCUCUGCUAACAAGGUCUUUGCUGACAGGAUCAUGGAGGUUAUCAAUCCUGACGAGGAUUAUGUGUGGAUACAUGAUUACCAUCUCAUGAUUCUGCCUACUUUCUUGAGGAAGAGGUAUCAUAGAGUCAAGCUUGGGUUUUUCUUGCAUAGUCCGUUUCCUUCUUCCGAGAUAUAUAGGACAUUGCCUGUGAGGGAGGAGAUUCUGAGGGCCCUUUUGAAUUGUGAUCUUAUUGGCUUUCAUACGUUUGAUUAUGCUAGGCAUUUCUUGUCUUGUUGUAGUAGGAUGUUGGGGUUGGAUUAUCAGUCCAAGAGGGGUUACAUUGGGUUGGAUUACUAUGGUAGAACUGUCACUAUCAAGAUUUUGCCAGUUGGGAUUCAUAUGGGGCAGAUUAGGUCUUUAAUGGCAUUGCCGGAUACAGCUGAGAAGGUGAGGGAGUUGAGGAGGGAAUACGAGGGAAAGACGGUGUUGUUAGGUGUGGAUGAUUUGGACAUGUUUAAAGGUAUUGGAUUGAAGUUUAUGGCCUUUGGUUUGCUGCUGGGGGAGAAUCCUGAUUAUAGAGGGAAUGUGGUGUUGGUGCAGAUUGUGAAUUCACCCAGGAGCCGUGGGAGCGAUAUUCAAGAAGUUAGUGAUGAGAUUACUAAAGUUGCAAGUGAGAUCAAUGUGAGGUAUGGUAGCAAAGGGUAUGAUCCAAUUGUUUGUGUCAAUGGUCCCGUCUCUUUCCAAGACAAGGUGGCAUAUUACGCGAUUUCUGAGUGUGUCGUGGUGAAUGCCGUGAGAGAUGGGAUGAAUUUGGUGCCUUACAAGUACACAGUGGCCAGACAGAGCUGCCCCGAUCUGGACAAGGCAUUAGGGCUACAAGAUUGCACUAAACCGAAGAAGAGUGUGAUCAUUGUGUCUGAAUUCAUAGGAUGCUCGCCUUCUCUCAGUGGGGCAAUCCGUGUGAACCCUUGGGAUGUUAAUAGCGUGGCUGAAGCAAUGGUGUUGGGGUUGACGAUGAAGGAUGGUGAGAAGGAGCUUCGCCACGAGAAGCAUUAUAAGUACGUUGCAUCCCAUGAUGUUGCGUAUUGGGCCAGGAGCUUUGAUCAGGAUCUUGAGAGAGCUUGUGCUGAGCAUUAUAGGAAGAGGUGUUGGGGCAUAGGGUUCGGGCUGAACUCGAGAGUUGUGGCGUUGGGGCCUCAUUUUAGGAAGCUGUCGUUGGAGCACAUUGUGUCGGCUUACAACAGUACGAAAAGCAGCAGGCUCAUCCUACUGGACUAUGACGGGACAAUGAUGCCACAAGAUAGAGUUGACAAAUCCCCAAGCCCGGAGGUUAUAUCAGUCUUGAAUAGUUUGUGUAAUGAUCCUAAAAACAUAGUGUUCAUUGUUAGUGGGAGAGGGAGAGAUUCUUUAGGGAAGUGGUUUUCACAAUGUGAGAAUCUCGGGCUGUCUGCUGAGCAUGGUUACUUCACCAGGUGGAAGAGGAAUUCCCCGUGGGAAUCCUGCGGGAUUGAAGCUGACUUGAGCUGGAAAAACAUAGCCCUUCCUGUGAUGGAGCACUACACAGAGGCAACAGAUGGUUCAUCCAUAGAGCAGAAGGAGAGCGCGUUGGUUUGGCAUCAUCAAGAAGCUGAUCCUGACUUUGGAUUAUGGCAAGCUAAAGAGCUCCACGAUCACUUGGAGAGCGUGCUUGCUAAUGAUCCCGUCCUUGUCAAAAGUGGCCAGCAGAUUAUAGAGGUCAAACCGCAGGGAGUGAGCAAAGGUGUGGUGGUGAAGAAUCUGAUGGAGACCAUGAGAAAUAGAGCGAAGGCAGCUGAGUUUGUUCUGUGCAUAGGCGAUGACAGAUCGGAUGAGGACAUGUUUGAGGCCAUCGCGGCCUCAGUUGCCGGGCAGUCCAUGCCUGAUGCAAGCGAGGUCUUCGCCUGCACUGUUGGGCAGAAACCCAGCAUGGCCAAGUACUAUCUAGACGACACGUUCCAAGUCAUUAAGAUGCUGCAGGGCCUCUCAGCUGCGUCUGCGUCUCACCAUCCCUCCUCCGCAAAAUCAAGCCUUGGAACAGCGCCAUGAACUCGAUCGAGCACGGACUCAACAUUCAUCCUUGUACAGAUGGUUAUAGCACAUGUAGUUAGUUCGACGUCUCUCUUCUCAUUUACAUACACACACUUGAAAUGUGACAAAAGAGUAGAUGUUGGUUGAUCCACAUGUUUUUAUUUAGACCUCAGUUCAUAAUACCAAGUUCCCUUCAAUUCUUUUCCA